CAGAAUAGUCCGUACGAUUUAACAAAUAAUUAUCAAAGAUCUUGUAUACGGAUACUUUACACCAAGCCCGACAGUUUUUCUGAUAACAGUGAUACCAGAAAGCAAGUCUACAGCCGCUCUGUCUAUUCGCCGCGCUGCAAUACACCAGAGGACUAGCGAUGCAGGCGAUACGGCUGUCAUCAGGAUAUGACAUGCCCACCGUGGGUCUAGGCACAUGGCAGGCGAAACCAGAAGAAAUUGAAACGGCUGUAGGAACGGCUUUGGACAGUGGGUACAAGCACAUUGAUACAGCUUUCAAUUACAAUAAUGAGGAUGCUAUUGGUAAGAGUCUAAAAAAAUGGUUUGAAAACGGCGGCAAACGGGAAGAAUUAUUCAUCACGACGAAGCUACCGCAUUAUGGUAAUAGACCUGCUGACGUGGAAAAGUUUAUGAAGCUCUCUUUGCAAAAACUUGGAUUGGAUUAUGUCGAUAUGUACUUGGUGCAUAUGCCCUUUGCAUUCGUUAAAGAAGAAAAUGCCGACGCACCGGUUAUCUGCGAAGACGGAAGUUACGUACUAGACCUAAAUACAGAUCCUGUCGCUGUAUGGAAGGAAAUGGAGAAGCAGGUGAAAAGUGGACGGGCCAGGUCGAUUGGUCUGAGUAACUUUAACGAGGAUCAAAUUCUUAAGAUAAUAAAUAAUUCAGAAAUAAAGCCAAGCAACUUACAGGUAGAAUUGCAUGCUUAUCACCAGCAAAAAGCACUAUGUGAAUUUUGCAAAAAGCAUAGAAUCGCAGUGACGGCAUACAGUCCUCUGGGUUCACCAGGUGCCAAGGCGCAUUUCCAAGCAAAGUACAAUUACAGCACUGACAAGUUUCCGAAUCUACUCGGUCACCCGGUAGUGCAAAAAAUUGCUGAGGCCCAUAAGAAAACAACUGCUCAAGUUCUACUGCGACACUUAGUUCAGCAAGGCAUUAUUGUCAUUCCAAAAAGUUCCUCACCAAAUAGAAUCAAGUCCAACGCGGCCAUAUAUGAUUUUGAAUUGUCCAACGAAGAACUAAAGCAAAUGGAUGCUUUGGAUCGUGGAGCCGCAGGUCGCAUUUUCAAUUUCCUAUUCUUCAAAGGGGUCGAGAAUCAUCCUCAUUAUCCAUUUAAGAGCGAAUUGACGCAAUAGAUAAAUCCAAUGUCGCUUCGUGUAAUAAACUUAUUACGUGUUAACACUAUAAACCUCAUGUAACUUUCUUGCAGCAUGCAGACAUAAAAGCUAGUCCUACCUUUUGUGAAAGUUUCUAGAACAUUUCGCGCUGCAUGUGAAAUUGCGGUUUACGUUUGUAAACCAUUUUUUGUGUAUCACUUUGUAAAUAAAGCACUCCGGAUACUUUU